UCCGGCUCCAUGCGUUAGUUCUCAGGUGGAGCUGCAUGUGAUAUAUGUUGGGGAAAGGAGGAAAGCGGAAGUUUGAGGAGCAUGAAGAUGGGUUGGAAGGCAAAGUGGUGUCUCCCACUGACGGUCCCUCUAAGGUGUCUUACACCUUACAGCGUCAGACUAUCUUCAACAUUUCCCUUAUGAAACUGUAUAACCACAGGCCAUUAACCGAGCCCAGCUUGCAAAAGACAGUUUUAAUUAACAACAUGUUAAGGCGCAUCCAGGAAGAACUGAAACAAGAAGGCAGCUUGAGGCCCGUGUUCGUGACCGCUUCGCAGCCCGCCGACCCCCUCAGCGACAACUUCCGCGAGGCCCAGCCGGCGUUCAGCCAUCUCUCCCAGCCCCUCCUCACCACUGACUUUGUAAGCACUACGCCCCUGGAGUCUUGCCUCACCCCGGCCUCUUUGCUGGAGGAUGACACUUUUUGCACUUCGCCGGCUGCCCAGCACGAUGGUCCCACAAAACCGCCCCCUCCUGCUCUCCAAGCAGUAAAGGACAGCUUCUCCUCAGCCUUGGACGAAAUCGAGGAGCUCUGUCCAGCACCUACCUCCGCAGAGGCAGUAGCAGCCGAAACGGGAGCCCAGGACUCUAAGGAGCACCCCAGCGAGUCCAACCUUCAAAAGCCCGAGGGCUUCCCGGAGAGCAGAACAGCUGAAUCGAAACUCAUGGACUCCCUACCUGGCAACUUCGAGAUCACGACUUCCACAGGGUUCCUCACAGACUUGACCCUGGAUGACAUCCUGUUUGCUGACAUUGACACGUCCAUGUACGAUUUUGACCCCUGCACGUCUGCCACAGGGGCUGCCUCAAAAAUGGCUCCUGUCUCAGCAGAUGAGCUCCUCAAAACCCUCGCUCCCUACAGCAGUCAACCAGUGACUCCAAAUCAGCCUUUCAAAAUGGACCUCACAGAACUGGAUCACAUCAUGGAGGUGCUCGUUGGGUCUUAAAACAUAGAAAUAUAGCAAGUUUUGGGUUGUUUUGUUGUUUUGGUUAAUGUUCAUUUGAAGUCCCCAGUAUAUUACACACUUGGUAGUGUUUCCAUGGUCCCUUCCCAGCGCCGAUUUCAGCAGCACUGUGCAUGCGUCCUUUGCUUGCCUUUCUUUGGAAGAGAAAAAGGAUCCCACACUAGUCUUUUGCUUCAAGCAGAGUUGGAGUGCCUUCAUCCACCUAUGACCACUUCUAAUGUAUUUUAAUUUUUUAUUUUAUUAAAGUGGUUCCUCAAGGAAGACCGAAAAAUCCUGCUAUAGGAAAGGAUAUUGUAAAACAAUGUUAUUACCAAAAAAACAAAAA